AUGGGAGCUCCAAAAAAACUUAUGUUGCUAAUUCUUCUGAUUUUUUCUCACGUUUUUAUAUGCAAAAUUUUAUCAGAAGGCGUCACUAAAGAUGAAGCCCAGCAGCUCAGAGAUGAGGUACGUGAAAUGUUCUAUCAUGCUUUUGAUGGAUACAUGAAGCAUGCUUUUCCGCAUGAUGAAUUGAAGCCCUUAUCCUGCGUAGGAGAAGAUACACUAGGAGGGUAUGCAUUAACAUUGAUCGAUUCAUUGGACACCCUGGCCUUGCUUGGUGAUCAAGAGCGCUUCUCUGCAUCUGUUGAAUGGAUUGGUAAAAAUCUUCGAUUUGAUAUUAAUAAGACAGUAUCUGUCUUUGAAACUACGAUAAGAAUCCUUGGAGGUUUACUUUCUGCUCAUCUCAUUGCCACUGAUUAUAACACGGGCAUGAGAAUACCUUCUUAUGAUGAUGAAUUGCUUCAUCUGGCUGAGGAUUUAGCUCGUAGAAUGUUACCAGCAUUUGAUACUCCGACAGGAAUUCCAUUUGGGUCAGUUAAUCUAUUACACGGCAUCGAUGAAAAUGAAAGCAAGAUAACAUCAACUGCUGGUGGUGGGACCCUAACAUUGGAAUUUGGAGUGCUUAGCCGCUUGACAAAUGAUCCAAUUUUUGAGCAAGUCACAAUGAACGCGGUUCAAGGAUUAUGGGCCCGCCGUUCAAAGAUCAACCUACUUGGUGCUCAUAUAGAUGUUUUUUCUGGUGAAUGGACUCAAAAGGAUGCGGGAAUAGGAACGAGUAUAGACUCUUUCUAUGAGUACCUGCUAAAGGCUUAUUUAUUAUUUGGUGAUGAAGAGUAUCUGUUUAUGUUUCAAGAAGCUUACAGGGCUGCAAUGCACUAUCUUUAUAAUGAUCCUUGGUAUGUUGAGGUAAACAUGAACUCUGCUGCCCUUGUUUGGCCAUUAUUUAAUAGCCUUCAGGCAUUCUGGCCUGGACUCCAGGUUCUAGCUGGGGAUAUUGAUCCUGCAAUUAGAACACAUACUGCCUUCUUUAGUGUGUGGAAACGGUAUGGUUUCACUCCGGAGGGUUUCAAUCUAGCUACUCUCAGUGUUCAGCAAGGCCAGAAAAGCUAUCCACUGCGUCCAGAAUUGAUAGAGAGCACAUAUUGGCUGUACAAAGCUACCCGCAAUCCCAGAUAUCUAGAUGCAGGACGAGACAUGCUAGCUAGCUUGCAGUAUGGGGCUCGGUGCACUUGUGGGUACUGCCAUAUAUCGGAUGUAGAGUUUCACCGGCAGGAAGAUCACAUGGAAAGCUUUUUCUUGGCGGAGACUGUUAAAUAUUUGUGGCUACUAUUUGAUUUAGCUGCCGGACCAGAUAACCUUGUUGAGAAUGGUCCAUACAAGUAUAUCUUCAGUACAGAAGGCCACUUACUGCCUGCUACUCCACAAAUAUCUUUAGUACGGGAACAUUGUUCAUAUUUUGGAGCAUACUGCAGAAGCAGUAAUCUGAGACCAGAAACAUUUGUGUCAGACAUUUCAAAGGACUCGAGGGAAACUAAUCAAAGUCAAUCCUACACGGAUCCUGAUGCUACCAACUUUUUAUCACACACUAGAUUUAAAAAGUUACCUGUCUCAGGAUUGAUUAAGGGGUUCUGUCCAGGACUAACUCAUGAGCAACGGUUUGGCAUAUCAUACGUGGCUUCAGAGGAAGACAUUGGGGAUGCGUCAUCAAGCCCAAGAAAGACUGAAGUGGUUCAGAGUCAUCCAGUGAUGGUGGUUUUAAACCCCAGUUCUACUUCUGAACCAUCUGAUGUCCACAAGGAUCUCGAUAAUCAUCAGGAAUCUGACAGGGAGAAACAGAGUGUUCCUGAACUAGAGAUUGAGGAAAGUUCUUCAAGCCCAUCGGUGAAAAAGAAAAAAAUUGCCGGAUCUCAGGUACACUACUGGAGGGCAGUGACUGAGGACAUUUUGCCUCAUUUGUCCUCUAAUUUAGUCUGA